AUGUCUGGAUUAAGUGGUUAUGACAGCGAAGCUAUUGGCUUUGACAGCAUACCUCAAGCGAAACGUUCAGGAGCUCAAAGCGGAACACAAACAAAUUUUUCCGCAUCUGGUGUUGGUUGUCAAACAACCCUCAAUCACGACAUUGGAUGUACUGCCUCCGAAGUGGUAACCUCAAUAAAAGAACCGGCCGGUCUUAACGAAUUCCUUCGAAAGGUGGUACCAGCUAUGAUGGAUCAGCUUGACCAGACAGAGAGGGACUUCUCCUCAGAUUCCGAUGAUGAGGAGGUCCUAAACGCCAAGUUGUUCCAAGAACUAAAGCUCCACGAUGGCAUUGGAGCCGGCGAUCACCAGACAGCGGUUUUAGGUGUAACCUGGAGCAGUGCUGGGAAUUCGUUGGCCGUUUCCAUCGGAAAGUUGCAGCAUGAGACUUGGUGUCAGAAUACAGGUUUGAUUAAGGUUUUCACAUUGAAGAGAGCCGGCGGAGAGAAAUUUGUGCACAGCUUAGAUAUAUCUGAAAAGAACUGUGUGACAGUUGUCAAAUAUCACCCAUCUGUCGCCGCGUUGCUCGCGUAUGGGACCACGUCUGGCGAAGUUGUUUUAUGCAAUUUAAUGAAUGGAAACAUGGAGGAAGGUACCCAACUUGCCUCACCAUCUGGCUGCCAUGGAUCCCGACGUGUGUCGGCUUUGCAGUGGGCAGACGCUCCACUCGCAAACGUAUACCUCAUCAUGCAGAUCCAUAAUAAGGGGAAGAGACGAGGGGCAGCUGAUCAGGUGCUAUUCUCAUCUGGAAGCGACGGGACGUUGAACGUGUGGCAGGUGAACGCGAAUCAGAAAGUAUUCGAAAAUAUAACAUCCUACCAAAUCAAUUCAACACGAAAAGUCGUUCCUGACAUUACAUGCUUCGAUUUUGUGAAGUUCUAUCCGCUGCGCGCGAGUUCUGAUAAAGUACCCGACGAUAUUUUCGUCGUCGGGGCAAAGUGUGGGAGGCUGUUUCUAUGCAAAAUCCAUGAAAAUAUUGAUCCUGUAUACGAAGUGUUGGAGGGGCAUGGCACCUGUGUGCUGGACGUCGCGUUUGGUGUCCAAAAGCCGAAUAUUUUUGUCUCUGUAGCUAUUGAUUCCGAGUUGAGGGUGUACGAUGUGAUGCAGAAUGCUCCGAUAAAGGUGCUAUGUCUGGACUGGCCUAUCUCGUGUAUGGCCUGGCUCCCCACAAUACCAUGUGUUGUGCUUGGCCAAGCCGAAGAGGGGGAGAUCAAAGUGUACAAUGUGUCAGCUGGAAAACCGGUACCGGUUGAGGGAUUUACCGGUAACACGUGUGUCACUUGCGUGGCUGUUAGUCAGAUUGGGACUUGUCGCAUUGCUUCAGGGGACGCGGAAGGUCGCUUGCGCAUUUGGGAACUCCCAACACGACGCAUUAGGCUGACGGGAGAUGAUCUAGACUUUUAA